UGCACACUAUCACGUGUCUGCGCAUGUCACCCUCGGAAAAGUUGCAGUUGGCAGAAUCCGGCAAAGUGUUAUCAUAACAACCAAAAACUGUACAAGAAGACUACACCUGGAACGACGGAGUUAAUGAUUGUUUCAUCAUCUGCGGGUCUAUUCUUCUGCACUAGGAAGUUAAGGGGAGGUGCCAUACCGAGGUGACAUGACUUUGCUUCACGAAUUUAACAAUUAGGCGAACCUUGAUGAAAUCAGAUUGGUUGCAAUUAAUAUGCGGCGGCAGAACACAGUUGGUGCGUGUAACCUAGUUCUGCAGCCACAUCCAGUUUAAUCAUUUCAUUGAAGAGGAUGAUUUCAAUUGAUAUUCAGUAGUCGAUUUUGUGCUAAUUUGAAGGCAACCAGUGAUAUAAUUCGUUUCAAAUGAAAUGGAAGCUUAUUUGCUAAAAUUUAAAGGGCAGAAUCUGGGAUUUGCGAGGGAAUGCUGAGUUGAUUGGAGACCAUCGGAAUUGCCCGCCCUGUGUCAUUCAUUACCUGUUGUGCAGGCACGGAAUUUUCACGCGCUGUUCUAGCAAUCAAACAGCUGAACAGCCUUGUCUCGGCGGCACGUGCAAACCGUCCGCUCCACCACUUCCCAUCUGCGCUCCGGGCACUUCAAAUGAGGACCGCGUCCCGAGCCUAUUCUAUGUGAAGCUGCGAAAACGGGCAAUUCCUUCCGUCUUGAGGCAAGGACGAAAAGUCACGGUUUGGCCGAGCUGCAGCCAUGGACCAGGACGAGAACAAGAGCGUCUCGAAAAAGACCAUAAUCGCAAAGAUUUUCAAAGUUCGCAAGAGGAGAGAGAUGCUUUUCGUGCAAGUGUGUUUUCUCUGCAGUGUCCUCUUCAUGGCGUGGAGCAUGUCAGCACUUCUGACAAAGACAGGCCAUGGAAUGAUCCUGGAGAAUGGACACGAGAAGCACGAACAUUGGGGAAGGAGGCUCAUGGGACAUGAACCCAACAACGACAACGAGACCGAGUCGAAGAACUGCACAGAGCCAGCGAUCAAGGAGUUCCCUGAAGACCUUUUCACCAACAACGAGCGCAAGAGUGGGGCCGUCCUGCUGCACAUAGUGGCGGCCCUCUAUAUGUUCCUGGCCCUGGCUAUAAUCUGUGACGACUACUUUGUGACAUCGCUGGAGAAGAUCUGUGAGAAACUAGACCUAAGUGAGGAUGUUGCCGGAGCCACUUUUAUGGCAGCUGGGAGUUCUGCUCCAGAGCUGUUUGCCUCUGUCAUUGGUGUCUUCAUCACCCACGGUGACGUGGGGGUUGGGACAAUCGUUGGAUCAGCCGUCUUUAAUAUCCUGUGCAUCAUCGGUGUGUGCGGAAUCUUCGCCGGACAGGUCGUAAUGUUGGGUUGGUGGUCUGUUUUCCGAGAUUCAUUCUACUACAUCUUGUCUAUCCUAGCUCUUAUUGCAUUCAUUUACGAUGAGAAGGUGGUGUGGUGGGAGAGCCUGGUGUUGGUGCUCAUGUACUGUGGAUACAUCCUCAUCAUGAAGUUUAACCAGAGCUUGCAGAAGUUGUUCACGGGGAAAGGGGGUAAAGACAAGAACCAGGCCAACGGUAACGCUGCGGCCAGCAGCGAGAUGGAGGAUGUUAAGCCCAGUAAGGCUUACAGUCGUGGCUCUGUGGUCAUGGUCGAUGAGAUUAUGCACGCCAGCCCUCCCAAGUUACGCUUCCCAGAGGCCGGCCUCCGCGUCAUGGUCACCAGCCAUUUUGGACCAAAGACCCGGCUGCGCAUGGCCAGUCGCCUCAUCAUCACUGAGCGUCAGAAGCUAGUCCAGGGUGCCAAUGGGGUGGAGACCCAGGUUCUGGAGGGGAAGGUGGACAUUGAGAAUGGCAACGUGCCUGAAGACAAACCAGCAGAGGAGGAGCAGGAGAAUGAAACCAUCUCCCCCUUUCAUAUCCCUGAUGGCAUCGGCAGCAAGUGCAAGUGGCUGAUCUCGUGGCCCCUGCUGCUCCUCCUGUUCUUCACCAUCCCCAACUGUGCGAAGCCUCGCUGGGAGAAGUUCUUCAUGGUCUCCUUCUUCCUUUCUACCGUCUGGAUCGCUGUCUUCUCCUACUUCAUGGUCUGGAUGGUCACCAUCAUCGGCUACACCCUUGGCAUCCCAGAUGUCAUUAUGGGCAUCACCUUCCUGGCAGCUGGCACCAGCGUUCCAGACUGCAUCGCCAGUCUCAUUGUUGCUCGGCAAGGAUUGGGUGACAUGGCAGUGUCUAACACAAUCGGCAGUAAUGUGUUUGAUAUCCUGGUUGGGCUGGGCGUUCCUUGGGCACUACAGACCAUGGCGGUCAGCUACGGCUCCGAGGUCAUGAUCAACAGUCGAGGACUGGUCUACUCUGUGGUGUUGCUACUGGGAUCUGUGGCUUUGACGGUGGGGGGGAUCCAUGUGAACCACUGGAAGCUGGAUCUGAAGCUGGGCAUCUACACGCUGGUCCUCUACGCUGUCUUCCUGUGUUUCUCCAUCAUGAUCGAGUACAACGUGUUCACCUUCGUCAACCUGCCCAUGUGCAUGGAGGAGUAGCUGACCACGCCCAUCUCAACUAGGAAGCUCCACUCCCUCAACCCCUAACGGCAACCAAUCACAAUCAACUUUCCCCAUCCUCCACCACGUUACUAAACCUGGUUAUCUCCUGUCUGACAGGUCACCUUUCAUUUUCAUAACUGACCUGUUGACUUCUUGAUCUGAUCCUGGUCUUUAAAUCUUUUAUUUCCCUGUGCUUGGACUCACUUUCCCAUGAGGCUUUGUUCUGAGGAGUGGACAGACUCAUUAAACGAACUGGACCCAUUUUCAGACUAUUCCAUUUUCCAUUCCCCCAUCCACACGAUCUGUAGUCUGACUGGCUUUCCUUAGCCUUCCCCCACAGGCCCUAGAAUCAACCCUACAGUAGUCUGCCUCUUACAAACAACCCAAACAUACCUCUGUCCAAGUUAGGGUUAGUCCUAACCCUCAACAUGGACCCUCACCCCUUCUCCUACUCUUCCCCCAUCCAAACUUCUCCUCUUCUCAUCCCCACCCCACCGAUCCACCCAAAGACCCUACGGAUAAUACACAACCUCGCCCUAAAACUCUACCUCUCCCCUGAAUCCUGCUUGUACCCUCAACCUUUGGAGGGGGAACUCUCCUCCUCCUCUUUCAGACCUGGACCCCUCUGACAUAGUCCGAACUUUGACUUUUUCCAGAUUGCUUCGUCCCACCCCUCUGCAGCAGACACUCCUCUUUCACUCCUAUCUACUGUAACUUUUCUCUUCAUCAACUCUUAAAGACAUUUAGUCAGGAAGCUUUGUGUCUCUGACUACCAGAAGAGGUCCAUGUAUAUUUGCAGCACAAGGGGAAACUUGUGAACAUUUUUCUUUCUUGUUUUUGUAUCGUAUUUUUUGUUUUAUAGAGUUAAAAAUGACGACAAAAUACUUUUGAGAGCUUGUUGCAAUCACAAAGGACAUUGCCUGUUUCACAGUAAUGAAUUAGCACACAGAGAAAAUACUUUUAUUGUCAGGACAUUUGGCUCCCCCUCGAAGGGAGGCGUCUGGCUCAUGGCGGCAACUCCAAAAUCCGUGGUGCUGAAAUUUCAGCUGUUUUUUUUGUUUUUUUCUUGUUCUGAGAUGUCACACACACCCCCUCAGACUGCACAACAAUGAAGAGAAACACCUGCUCCAGAGUUGGGAGAGAACUUUUGGACGGUGUCCAUAUUCGGACGUCUUUGGACAGUAGCAUGUAUAUGUAUCGUGUUAGAUGGGAUUCGGUCUGUUCUUCUGUCUGCUCGACCCCUUUUGACCACCAGGGGGCAAUGUCCCCUCACUAUGAUCUAUCUGCAUGGCAGGGGUCUCAAGCAACCACAGCCGUUUGGUUAUCAGGGAAUAUCUGGAGCCUCCGCAGAUCCAGUAGGGGGCGACAUAGGUGUUCUCUCUCUGAAUUACAUGUAGAUAUUGCACUUUAAAACAAGCAAAGCUGUCCUCCUACUUUCUGAAUCAAAUAGUGCUUCCUGUGUGUGGGGGGGGUUUGUGUAUGUACUGUACUGUGUGUUUGUGUGAGAGAAUGACGAGGGUGUGUGCUGACUUGCAGGCUCGCGCCCAGCUUGGUCUCACCGCCUCCCCCUUCCCUAAUCCCCUAUAGACUUGAACCUCUAACAUCGUGAGCACAUAACCAUUUCUGUCUGCAGUGCAAUGCAUGUUGGGACAAUAAAUGCAGGCUCCUCCAUGGCACGACCCCCACCCCCACCCACCCGGCAACCACUUUAUAAAUAAACGGCAGCUACAUGCUACUGCAAUCUAAGACAUUUGACAUCAUGCAAAACCACCUGCAGGAACUUAGUCUCCAAUAAGCUGGAGAGACUUGCAUUGAUAGGGGAGUGUUAAAGAUGAGGACUUUCCCUUUGUGUUGGCAGCAGGUACUUGUAUAUGCAAUCUCAACGGAAUGUGUGUUGGACUCUGGAGGAACUACAUUGAUGUUGCCAUAAUGUUAGUGGUUAAUAUGAGCUCACUGGUCUGAAUGACCAGCUAAAGGACCGAACCAGAGGACAUGGAGGAAAGGUUCUGGAACUGGAGAUUCUGUGUGUGCGGGGGAGUCCGACCCUCUGGUACAAGGGCAUUACUCAAUCACCAACUCUACCUGAGGAGCGGAGGGGAAGGACUCCUGCUGGGAAACACCCCCCCCCCCCCCCCCCAGGCUGUUUAGAUAGUUUAGUCCAGAAUCCUCUGAACUUUCUGGAAGUUUUCCUUCUCCAUGAAUGAACUUUGUGAGAUGAGAUCUCCACUCUGUAUGCAGGACCUGAGGAGCAGACAUUUUAGUAGCAGGACCCCUAAACUGAUACCCUGGGGGGGGGGUAGACUCGCUGUGUUCAAGACUCUACUGCCCCCCCCCCCCCCCCCCUUCUUUAUCCUCCCUUCUCCUCAUCACACCCCGAUGCUCUCUCUGACCCCCCCCACCCUUCUGGACCAUCAGUUUAUAGCAGUUACCCCCACUGCUCUGUAUAUACCCCAGUGGGUCUUUUCCCCAUAGUGUUCUCUGCUAGUGCCAUUCUGAUUCUCAUUGUUGUCUUCUUUGCAACGAUCACUGCAUUCUCAAUCUUUUCACUGGUUCUUAUUAACUGUACAUACAUAGAUAUUUUUGAACAUAUGAUGCUUUCUGGGUCAAGAGUAUACCUGAUUUCCUUUGUACAUUUCCCUUUGUCUUGGUUUUGAGCGGUGUACAACACCUGUGUGGUCAUGUCCUUGGUCCAAUCCCCAACGGACCCCUAGACCCUACGCCCUAGGUACUUGUGGAGAGUUGAGUGUUUAACAGCUGUCAGUAAUCGCUCCACAUUGCUCAGUAGUUUCACCAUAUUGUGCGAAUACCAGUCAAAUCCUCUCAGAUCUCCACUAGUGUAUAGGGUCUAGGGGUUGCUUUAAAUUGGGUCCUCGGUGCCAGGUCCUGAGAGGUGACAACGGGUGUAUUCAUUAGUUAGACUGCUGAAAAAUAUUUUGAAACUGAAAUUGUUUACUUUAAACGGAUAAUGUUUUGCAACGAAAACGAGAGUUUCUAUUGGACAAAUUCAGGUAGGUCCCUCCCUGUUUGGUUCCUAGAGUAAACGGUUUCUGUUAAAGAAAUGUUUUUGCAACAGUCAAAAUGAUUUGUAACGGUCUGCACCUAAUGAAUACACCUCACCACAGCAGGUCACACUGCUCUUACUAUCCUAACUCAUCUAACACCCACACACGUCACCGUGGAAUAAUUCUCUGGGCAAUCUGCCACAACUUUCACUGUUUAAAAGAAGUAGAAUUCAGAUGACAUAAAUGUCAUAGUUCUGCAUCGAAAAUACAGAUUGUAUGGAAACCAUGUUGUACAAAAUAAAAGUGCACAAAUAUACACCCCCCCCCCCCCCCCCCCCCCCUAUGGCAAAAAUGACCAUGAACCUAAUUUAUAAUCUAGUAGUGUGAUUUAAUUGAACUUUUCCUCAAUGUGUGUUAAGACUGUAUUGCUCUGUGUCCUAAACUAUAGUUAAAUCAUCUCUUUAUAGCACACCUUGUUGAAGAAAAGUUAAUUGUCAAACUAACAGAUUAUAGAGGGUUACCGAAUUUUUUUUUUUUGCACUCAGCAACAAUUUGUUUGCACUAUGAAAAUGUUGCCCACACACACACACACAUGUUCAAUAACUAUGACUUCUCAACACCGGAGUGGAGCCGUAUGUAAUUCUAUUGAAUGAAUGAAACGACCUGAUGCACUGUGAGCUCAAUGUGAUGUGGGAGUCAUUUGUCAACCAAUAAAAAUGAGACAUAAAACAUAAUGAUAAUAUAUUUAAUGUAAAGUUAGUUCAUAUGAAACAUUUAUCGAAAACAUCUGUAUAACUUAUAUGAAUGUAUUGUCUCGCUAUACUGGACAUAUCCAACCAAUGCAUUUUACUGUAAAGCAAUAAUGUGAAAAAAUUAAAUUGCAAAAAGAA